UUAUAGUUUGUUUAAUUGAAGAAAAGAUUAUUACUUAUGUGUGUUUGUUUGUUUAAAUGUGUCACAAAAAAUUAACUUAUUUUAAGUUUUAGUAAAAAUGAGUAGAAGUAUUAAAAGAAGAGAGAGAUAGCUCCAUAAAUAGAUCAAUAAAUAAAUUUUUGUUUGUAAAAAAAUUGUACACCUUGGCAUCUUGUGAAUUCACCAAGUGCUUAUGUGGCAAGAAGUUACUUUUGAAUAGCCAUAAUAUUAAGUAUAGAUAGAUAUAGAUAUAGAUAGAUAGAUAGAUAGAUAGUAGAUACAUGUAUUAAUUAGACAACGAGAAAAGAAUGAUAAUCAAUAUUUCAUUAUUGAUUGAUCUAAUAUUUAUAUUGGUAUCAAAUUAUUUAGUUCAUAAAUUUAACAAGUUUAUAUCUUGUUAUAUAUUUUUAUUACCUAGAAACCUCAACCCCACGUGCCACUUCAUGGUAGCGGGGUCUACUCAACAUGGGGAGUACCUGUAUCAGUAACAUUUUCAAGGUCUAGCACCCGAUACUGUGGGGUGGGGGGGGGGGGGGGGACAAAGUCUCCAGCACUCGCGGUGCCUCCGGGAAUACCAAGUGGUCAUGUAGUGGGGUUCGAACCCGAGACCUCACACAUUUCUGGCCCGAAAGACCACACUCCCGACCAACUCGGUUGUGUUACCUUCGGCUUAUAUCUUGCUAUUUGAUAGAAUUUGGGAAUACAAAGAUUGGUAAAAACAUUCAAAUCACUAGAACAAACCCUUAAUCUGGAGGCCCCAAAGUUCAAAUCUAUUAAACAACAUCUAACAUUACAUACGAACAUAUGUCAGCCUUAUAAAAAAAAUCUUCAAAUCAAAUCCUCCAUCGAUAUAUAUACAAUUCAAGGUUUAUUUACGAUUUCUCACAUCUGUCAUAACUAUAAACACGCGAGUCAACUGAACUGAAUGUGUGGUUGUUCCUACCUACAAAGUGAAGACUACAUGAUGCACACACAAAUAAUUUAAGCAUGUAGUCCAAUUCACUUAAAAUUAUAAGUCAUCAAAUGUCGUCCAUCAAAUAAGCUCCAUCUCAAUCUAAUUCCUCAUUAAUUAUAAAUCUAGUUAUAAUACUCCUAAUAAUCAGCAAUUAAUUCAAGUCAUGCAUUGACUUUACUCAUAUCAUAAACUUAUAACCUCAAUCUCGUACAUCAAUUCAUUAACCAUCACUCACAAUUUCACCAUCAUAAAAUACAACAUAAUCACACAUUAAAAGUUUCUUCAUGAAAACAAAGUCUUUAAUACACAAUAUGCAAUGCAUGAGAUGCAAAUUUUUCGAUUAUUAUUAUAUGGACACCAAUUAAGGUCAACAUACACCCACCUCGCUCGAGCAAAUCACCAUCAUUAAUGGCCAUUUAAAUAGAACCAUCCCAACGUAACCCACGAUCCAUUUGACCAUUUCCAUCCCACUCAUCAACACGCAAAUUCCGUUCGGACACCUUCUUCCAAAUGACCUAAUCGAUGUGCCCCACAUCGGAAGGGACAGUCUAUUGCUUGAAUAUGAAGCUUUUGGAGUUGCAGGUCAACCACUUCCCUUAGGGAUGACAACAUCUCUACUUCUGCUGCUCUUUCCCAUGCAUUAUAUUUUACUUACUUCAUCACAAAUCCUUUUCUUAGUUUUCUUUUCUUUACUUACUGCAUGUCUGUGUCAAAUAACAGACCCUUGUCGUCGAAUUUGGAGUACUUAUAACCACUUUGAUUUUGACAAGGCCAAACCGAUAUAGGUUGUUGACAUGGUUGUUUGUUGGUUUGUUCACUCGUUAGGUGGUUUGUUACUUAUAGGUGGUUUGUUUUUAUAUGUACGGUUGGUCUCAUCGAGUGGAAGCUCUAAGUAAAAUUUCAGUUAAAAUUUUAGGUGGAGUUAAGGAAAUUGAAGUUUAAGUUUAACAGACUAGGUGGUUUUGUUCCUAGUAAUUUCCUAUGUGUAUUUUGGUAAAUAUAUAUUAUUAACGGUUCUCCUUCUCUUUCGAAAUAAAUAUUAUGUCGCGAGUCAUUAACAAUAUUCCUUCAUAUUGAUCUAAUCUCAUUAAAACAUGGCUAAGUUGUAUGUAGAAUUGUAGUAGGCGAUGAGCCCAUGUGUCACAUUGGCUACUUAUCCCCUUCUCUCUCACAUCACCCCAUCCUCUUGCUAUAUAAACAGAGCAACUAAUGACGAUGUUAUUGAAAUUGAACGACGUCAAACCUAUCUUGUUUAUAUUUUACCGAUCCAAGUGCUUGUAAGCCUUGUAGUAUCACAUAUUUCUUAAUUUUCAAGUGAAAACCACAAAAGAAAUUACCAAUUUAAAUUAUACAAAGACUUGAAAUGUGGACCUUGAAAAAUUGGAGAUAUGGAAUGUUUGUAAACAGUAAAAGAACAAUUGCUACAUCCUAAACGAGGUUUUUGACAUCCUAACCAAAUAACUACUUCCUAUCCUUCACCCAUUACAUCAAAUUAUUCCAAAUCUCCAUGUGAUAUCAACUCAAUAUGAAAGCUCCCAUCAACAACUAAUAACAAAACCCCUUUGUGUUUCCACUCCUCUCCACCAAAUAGUACUUUCGGAUCACCAAAUAUGCUAACCACUCUAAUCCCCAACCAACAACUCUCUCUGCAUGGCCAUUUGUUUUCUAAAAUCCGUCGACUCUUCCAUGUAUAAGUAGCAUCUCCAUCUCUGUUCUGACUCCUCCAUCCUACAAUUGAAAGCAACAACCAAAGAAGUAGAAACAACAAGAGAAAAGAAAAGACAUGUCAGCCAUGGCCGGUUCUGUUCUUCUAGCCUUCCUUAUGAUCUUCACCAUCCUUUCUUCUUCUGUUAGUUCACUUAGCCUGAACUACUACGACAAGACUUGCCCUAAUUUCGAGUCGGCCGUCACCAACGCCGUCAAGAAGGCCAUGAAGAACGACAGAACGGUUCCUGCUGCCAUCCUCCGGAUGCACUUCCAUGAUUGUUUCAUUAGGGGUUGUGAUGCCUCCGUGCUGCUCAAGUCAACCAAAAAGAACGUAGCUGAGAAAGAUGGGCCGCCAAAUGUUUCCCUCCACGCAUUCUAUGUAAUUGACCAUGCAAAGGAAGCCGUGGAAAAAAUGUGUCCGGGAGUUGUCUCCUGCGCUGAUAUUCUUGCUCUGGCCGCUAGAGAUGCUGUCGCCUUGUCCGGAGGCCCAAACUGGGCCGUUCCCAAAGGCCGAAAGGACGGGCGAAUCUCCAAGGCCAGCGAGACCCGACAGCUCCCAGCUCCGGUCUUCAACAUCUCGCAGCUCCAGCAGAGCUUCUCCCAGAGAGGCCUCUCCCUGGAGGACCUCGUCGCCCUCUCGGGAGGACACACUCUCGGGUUCGCCCACUGCUCGUCGUUCCAGAACAGGAUCCACAACUUCAGUGCCACCGUCGACGUGGACUCGACCCUGAGCCCGUCGUUCGCGGCCAACUUGAAGAGGAUCUGCCCCUUGCAGAACAAGGCCAAGAAUGCCGGUUCGACCAUGGACUCGACCACGUUCGGGUUCGACAAUGUCUACUACAAGAUGUUGCUUGGAGGAAAAAGCAUCUUCUCUUCGGACCAGGCUUUGCUCACCAACCCUAAGGCCAAGGCCUUGGUGCAGAAAUUCGCGGCGUCCGAGGCUGAAUUCGGGAAGGCGUUUGCUGCUUCCAUGGUUAAGAUGAGCAGUCUUACUGGUGGGCAGGAGGUUAGGCUUGAUUGUAAGGUUGUGAGGUAGAUUUUUUUUCUUCUCCAAUUGGUUUGGGUUAUUUUAUGAGUUUAAUUAAGGUUGGUUGGGAAAUUUUGGUUCAUCUUGUGGACCGGUUUGAGUAAUUACAUUGGUGUUGUGUUGAACUGUUGAUCGAUGGAGUAAAAUGUAAAAGUUGGGCCGCUAAAUUGGGCGCCAAGAGAAAGUUGUCCAUUUGUUUGUCAAUGUGAUUUAUUGUUAUUCUAAUAAUAAUUACUUGGAUUGUGAGUGCAAGUUUGAUGUCAUGAAUCAUGAUCGUAUAUGUUGUUGGUUUAUUAUAACUUCUAAUGCACGAUUAGUUAAAAAAAAAAAAAAAGAUUGCAUGGGUUACGAGUGCUAGCUAUAACUAAUUUGGGUUGAUUUAGAUGAGAGUGACUAGCCAAAUUUGAUGACUUAUUAAAGGAAAGACGAAGUAAGAGCAUGUUGUUCAAGAGGUUCGCCAUAUAUGGGCGCUCAAAACAGACUAUGUAAUGAUUAAGAUUUAAUGAUCUGUUAGGAAUAUUAAUUAAUAGAAUUGCAUUUUAAUUAUAUCACGUUCGUUCGCUUUUUAUUAUUAUUAUCCAAGAUAAGUAAAAAAGGUAUGGAUGAGUGGAUAACUCAAAAACAAUACUUACAAGAACCAUAAGUGGUAGUUCGUAUGCAACCAGACUACCGAUAAAAAAGCAUGUUUUACUAUUAAAAAGGCAACUCUACGAAAAAUCUGAAGAGCAAAAAGAUUGUUCAGCAGACAUGACAAAAGUGAAAAAUCGUAACAUCAAUGAACUGGGUUAAUGUUAACAUAGGAAUGAAAUGGCAAAUUAGAUUCAAAUCAUACGGCCAACAAGUAUAUUCCAUUUAAACUUAAUAGCAACAUGUGAGGAAAGCAAAAUGAGCUACAACUUUGAUUGACCCAAAAUUUUGCUUCUUAAUGUACGAAUUCAAUCUCAGACCAGCUCGAAUUCCCUAACCCGAAUUGGCUAAGAUUAUGAUUAAUCGACUUAAGGCCUUGGUGACCUUAUUCGACUCAGAGGUACAAGUUGACAAGACAAAAAAAAACACAAGAUUUUCUAGCCAAAUAACAAAACACAAGAUUACUG